UAGAGCUGGCGUGACUGGUUGGCUUUGGCGCAGUGACUUGGGCGCAGAGUGGAGUGGUCGCCGGAGAUGCGUGACUGUCUGUUCUGAGGAGCGGCUAACAGCGCGAUGGAGCGGGCCAGGAUUGAAAUUACGAUGUCAAAUGCAAACUACCUGGUUCACAUUAGGAAGUGCCAGAGGCUCCACCAUUUCAUAUUCCCACUACCAGUUUCUCCACCUCCUCCUCCACUCCUGAGGGACCGCUUACACCUGAGACGGACUACGGAACAGCACGUCCCAGAGGUGGAAGUCCAAGUCAAACGUAGAAGGACAGCCUCACUGAGCAACCAAGAGUGUCAGCUGUACCCAAGGCGAUCUCAGCAGCAGCAAGUCCCUGUGGUGGAUUUCCAGGCGGAACUGAGACAGGCAUUCUUGGCUGAGACACCAAGAGGUGGUUAAAGCAGUAUUGGAACAUCCAGCUGACACUGUAUCAAUGUGUUUGAUUCAGCUGACAGUGUAAUAAAAAUAUUAUCCAGGAUUUUUUCAAUGUGAUGUAGAUUUAUUUAGUGUGUCUUUUUAUGUUUUAUGUGAAUUUUUAAAAAUUUUAAGAUUUGAAUGACUGUAAUCCAAAGGGUUUAAUAUACUUUUUAGAAACUAGGAGAGGACAGGGGCUUAUAGAUGAGUUUCCUUCUAGAUUUUCUUUAUUUCUGCUUUGGUGUAUUAAACCUCAACUCACAAUAAUUAGGAUUGUUUAUAGCCACUAUUUUGAGUUUUAAAGUAACGGAUGAAAAACAGAUUCUCUGAGAAAAAUUCUCCUGCUGAAUCCUUUACUCAGCAUUCUCCACUAAUUACCUGGAGUUGAUUACAGGGCAUUGGAAUUGAUUUAAGCAGUGGAAUCUUAUCUUUGUCCCCAGCUGUUCCCCAGAGAAAGGCCAUUUUUAAAUAUGUUAGAAUAGUUGACUAUUUUUUUUAACCAGGAAUUUUUUGGCUCUUCUGUGCAGUUCAUAUCCUCUUGUAAGUUCUAAGUACAAUUUUAUUUAUUUACUUACUUACUUACACGAGACUCAGACUUAAUGACCCUGAGAUCAAGAGUCACAUGCAUUACCAACUGAACCAGCCAAGGAUCCCUAUAUAUUAUGAUCUGUAAGUAGAAUCCUCUGAUUUUCUGAUACCAUGAUUUAUUCUAGUUUCAAGUGCUAGUUAACAGCACUAGUUUCUAGGAUUAUUUUAGAACAGGUUAGUAAGGUAACUCACUGUUUUUGUAAAGGAAAUUGUAUUGGCACACAGCCAUGUAACUUUAUGUAUGGUCUGUAGCUGUAUUUGUAACUACAGGAGAAGACUGGAGUGGUUGUGACAGAUUGAAUGGCAGGCAAAGCCUGAAAUACUAUCUUCUCCAUUUUAAAGCAAGUUCUCUCUUUCUUAGAGAACCACAUUUAAAGAUGAAAACACCAGGUUGGGACAGUUGGGGAAUGGUGAAACUAUAGAAGAUAAUGAUGAGAAACGGUUAUAGGAAGGAAGGUAUAUGAAAGUAAACAUUAGAGAGUAGGGAACCAGAUGAAUUUCUAGAAAAAGGUCCAGUCUAAGAAUUGGGUUAAAGAAUCUGGUCUUUUUUUUAAGAUUUUAUUUAUUUAUUCAUGAGUGACACACACACACACACAGAGAGGCAGAGAAACAGGCAGAGGGAGAAGCAGGCUCCAUGCAGGGAGCCCGACGUGGGACCCGAUCCCUGGACUCCAGGACCACGCCCUGGGCUGAAGGCAGGCACCAAACCACUGAGCCAUCCAGGGAUUCCCUAAAGAAUCAGGUCUAAAGAAUAUAUGUAGAUGGAUAGUUUUAAAAGACAUUUUAACAAUUGACAGAAAAAACAACAACAUAGGUUUCUUUUUUACUAUAGAAAUCUAAAGCAUCCAAGCGCUAUCCAAGAAAAAUGGGGAAGUAACCCAAAGAUUUUAAAAUCCAUGUUUCAAUCACAGUGCAAGAUUGAAUUUUCUUUCAUUUUGCCCAUUUGCUUUUUUUAGUUGGAAUCGUGCCUUUAAAUGAUUUUAUUUUGUGUUUAUUCCACUUAAAUGUAUAUCAUUAAUGCUUCCUCAUUUAAUUGCAAUGAAUAAAUGACAGUUUAUUCAUGAUUUGCUUUUCCCUUGUACUUGUUUUUUUCUAGUUUGCUAUGCUUUUAUAAAUAUUAGUUAUAUAUUUUAAAGAUAUAUUUGGUAUCUUAAAUUUAUUAGGAUAAAGAUCCAAUUGUGGAAUGUAGGGUAUACAUAUUAGUAUGACUCUUAAAUGUUCUUUUAUUUUGCUUUCUGACAGCAUCAUAAGCACUGUCAAUUGCCAUCCAGAAUAAUUACUUAUUAGCACAGUUUCUCAGUACCAUCUUUGGUGUCUUUUUUUUUCCUUUGAUAAAUAGUUCCAAAAAUGGAAAAUUGGUGUGUGUGUGUGUGGGGGUUUAAUUGGCAUUGUUUUGUGGAUGAAUAUUUUCUGUUUAUUUGUGUUUUCUUUUACUUGUUAAAGGUUUUUGUACAUUUUCUGUUAAGGAUGUGAUAUUUUACCAGAUUUAAAUGAGCACUAAUAGAUUCCCAUUAUUACAUGAUUUCUUAUUUGUUCUAUUAUGUAUCUUGGCCAAGUUUGACCACUUUAUCUUUUCACUUAGGUUUUUAUAAAGAUUAAACAUUUUAAAGUCCAGACUUUCUAGAAGUUAGAACUUUUGUGAGGAAUCUUAGGAAGUUUGAGUUCGGGACUUGGAGCCGUUUGUUUGCUUAUAUGCUUUUUAAUGUGAGGAGAUUUAUCAUAACCAUAUAAUCAGUGCAGUGUUAUGUUCCUGCUCUUGUGCUCUUCUUCUUGAAGCAUUUUGUCUUUCGCUAUGGAGGUAAAUUUGAUCAAUCUGCAAAGUGAUAGUCUUUUCUCUUACAAGGGUUCAUGAUUAUGGUGUACUAAAUUAGGGAUAAGAGAUAAACUGUUUCUAAAUUUUAGGUGCUAUUCUUUAAGGGAAAUUUUUUUUAGCCAUCCCAGUUAACCCCUAUUCUGAUUUGCACAUAAAAUGUAUGUCUUAGUUUAUCAAAUAUUUUACAUUAACUACAUAACUACACCUAAUUUUUUAUAAAUUUACUGACUUUUGAAACCAUUGCCAGGUAAUUUGGGGACUCUAUAUUACCAAAGUACGAUCCCUCGUGCUCCUUUACAUACAUUCCCUGUUUCCACCACCAACUUCAGAUUACCAUUUAAUUUGUGUUUCUAUGUAUUUUUUUUAUUU